GAUUUGCAGUGUUGUUGACCGAAGCAGAAGCAGAGUUAUAUGAAGAAGAGAUGAUGGGAUGAAGGCAGCCCAAGUGGAAGAAGAAGAAGACCUAGAAGAGAGAUGGUGAGGGGAGAAGGCAGAGGGAAGUGUUGCUCUUACAGGCGAACCACUGUUGUCAUCUGCUCCAUCAACAUCGUCGCUGCUUUUUACAUUCUGCAUUUUCUCUACAGCUCCCUCCACAUCUAUUACAACAAUGCCGAUUCCAACGACGGUAAAUUCACUCAAGAUCAAAUUAAGAGAAUGGAUGAUUCGAUUCGGGUUCGAAAGGCAUCAGAACCCAUAGAACUUGUUAGAUUGGUGAGGGAUAUUAAAAAGGAAUUUUCCAGACAAAAAAGGGCACCAGAAUUGUCUCUACCUGUGAAGCAGCUAAUUAAUAAGGAGAUUCGACAGAAGUUGAAAGGGCUGAACGCUAAUGCAAAUGUGAGUGAACAGCAAGAAGCAGUGGAGAGCUGGCGUCAGAAAAAACUACAAGAGGUCAAACAAUUAACUCUUGGACAGGCAACCUUGAAUUCAACCAUUCCAGCCAAAGAAGCCCAGAAGCUUUUAAGAGCUUUGGAGUCUGAUUGGACUGUGCUACUUGAAAAAAUUGGCCUUUGGAUGCCUGGUGAAAUUGUCCACAAGGAACAUCAUGAUAAACCUGAGAGAGAACUAGAACUUGAGGAUCAAAUUAUACCUGGCCGGCGGAUUCCACCUGAAUGCCAUGCUGAGAUUCAUACAGAUUAUGGUGGGGCUGCUGUCAGAUGGGGUCUGACCAACCAUGAGGAAAGUGCUGCUGACUGUUGUCAGGCCUGCUUGGAUCAGGCUAAACUUGCAAAGCCGGGUGAAUUGAAAUGCAAUAUAUGGGUUUAUUGCCCUUCUGAGACAGGGUGCCAUUCACCUGAUAUUUAUGAACACAAGCAUCAGGAAUGCUGGCUAAAAUAUGCAGAAAAACCUCGAUUGAGCUUCAAAAACAAGUACUCCGAAUCUUAUAGAAAUUCCCACCCAACUGCACCAGUGAUUGUUCCCUGGGUCGCAGGUGUUAUUAGUACAUGACAAGGGUUUGCAUCAGGAGGUUGGCUUGUAGGGAUGGUAACAAAUCCUUCUCUCAUUUAAACUACAAACACUCACUCUUGAGGCCAGCUCUAAAUUCGAUCAGCUGAUCUUCCUUUGUGAAGGUAUUUUGUAGUCUUAAGCUCAAGUUUGUUUAUUAUACCAUCAUUUUUGUAACAUAGGUUCUGGUCUAGGGGCUUAGGCUUUCAAAGUUCAUAGUCUCACCCUUGGGGGAGUUUUUGAGUAGUGAAACCUACUGAAGCUCAUUGACGGAUGUAAUCAGUAUUUUUUGAUUCAUUAUAAUGUGGAUAUCACGAUUUAUUGCAAUUGAUAUUUCUAUUU